GGAAGUGUUUGCUGUCGAGAAUAAGAACAUGCAAUCAGCAUACAACAUGGGUUCGAAUGGGUAGAAUAACAAUGAAACGGGCCAAGUAAAAAUAUUUUUAUUAUGUUACGUUUUUAUUAUAAACUUUGUGAUUGUGCCAAUAACGAGUGUAAUGUAUUUCUGGAGAUGCCUCUUUGCGCGCGAACCUUUAACAGUGCGGAUAAUAAGCACAAUAAAUUCUGGAAGAUCUCUGAUACACUGCUCAAGUAAUAUUUGUUUUUCAAAAAUGUGCCAUUGGCGAGAAAAUGUUUAUCGAGUGGGGAAGACGCAAUUAAAAGUGCCAGAACAUAGGACAAAAAUGUAUUUCAGAACUUCCUCAAGAUUAAUUUCACCAUACUUAGACAGACACUUACUUCUUCCUCUGGAAUAUAUCAGUGUCAGGGAUUUCAGCACUUUUUCUGUGGAACCUACUCAAACGUUAUCAGUAUCACAAGUCAAAAAGAUCUUAAAAAAUAAUAACAUUGCCUUCAGUGAUGGUUAUACUUGUUUGCAUGUGGAGUGUCCUGUGUGCAAUCACAUUUCUUCUCAAAAGAGUGACAGUAAAGUAUACGUCAACAAAAAGACAGGGUUUGCAGUUUGUUUUAAUUGUGGUUAUACAAGUCAUUGGGAUUCACUAGAAAAGGUAUUACUGUUAGCAAAAAGAAGUAAAAACAAAUUACCUGAAGACCUCGAAGCUUUGAAAGGUUUAUGUGUUCCAAAUCAAAGUUACAUUGAUAAAUGGAAUACUGUAUGUGAAGAAAGUACACAGCUUGACUCUUUUUCAGAUGUUGAUCGUAUGGAAAUACUCAUUAAGUUUAGUCUUCCAAAUGUACCAUCAUCUAUUGUGAAACAAGUUCAGGUUCGUGUUGAUAAAUCACAAUCUCUCUUAUAUUUUCCUCUUUUUAAUGCUGGAGGCCAUGUUGCUGGAUAUAAAAUAUAUAAAAAGAAAGGUUUGGAAGAGACUGUACCAUCUGUGAACAGUGGGGGAUUAUUAGUUAUCAAUCCACAAAGAUGUAGUAAAUUGGAUACUGCAGUUAUUGUAUCCUCACUAAAAGAUGCCUUGGCUUUAGCUAGUCAGAAGCUGACUUGUAGCACUAUCUGUCUUCCACAUGGUGAAGGGACUCUUCCGCAACACGUUCUGCCGGCUCUGGAGCGCUUUAAGAAGCUUGUCCUCUGGUUUGGAAACUCUGUCCAAUGCUGGGAUGCUGCUCGUCAUUUGGCUAGGAAAUUGGGUGAAGGGCGAUGCUUCUUCGUGAGGCCCACGGAGGAUCAGCCAGCUCCUCAUGAGGCGCUUGGAGUCGGUGCAGACCUCAAGACAAUGGUAGCACAAGCGAAACCCAUAUGGCACAGAGCAAUAACCACUUUCUCGUCUCUUCGACACGAUGUUCUGGCCGAGUUGCAAAACGUGGAAAAAGUUGAAGGAGUGAAAUGGAAACGUUUUCCAAUGCUCAAUAAAAUUUUGAAGGGCCAUCGUCGUGGAGAAUUCACUGUUCUAACAGGUCCCACUGGAUCUGGAAAAACUACAUUCAUGAGUGAAUACUCUCUUGAUUUGGCUUCUCAAGGAGUCACCACAUUGUGGGGCAGCUUUGAAAUUCGCAAUAUAAGAUUAGCUCGCACAAUGCUUCAUCAGCUCGCUGGAAUCUCUUUUAACAGCAGUCUGGACCGCUUUGAGCAAUGGGCUGAUGAAUUUGAGAAGUUACCUGUGUAUUUCAUGACUUUUCAUGGUCAGCAACCUGUUCGUGUCGUAAUGGAGGCAGUGGAACAUGCAGCUUAUGUGCACGAUAUUGCCCAUGUUAUAAUUGAUAACGUUCAGUUUAUGAUGGGUAUAUCAGAAGAACCACCAAAGUAUGCUGAUCGUUUCUGGAAACAGGAUGCUAUCAUCACAGCAUUUCGAGGCUUUGCAACACGUGCAAAUUGCCAUGUUACAUUAGUCAUGCACCCCCGCAAAGAGCAAUCCUUGGAACUGCUAACUGUACAUUCAAUAUUUGGAAGUGCUAAGGCCUCACAGGAAGCUGAUAAUGUUCUAAUUAUUCAAGACCGGAGGCUUUCUUCAAUCAGGGGAAAGAAGUAUUUGCAAGUGGCCAAGAAUCGUUAUAGUGGUGAUUUGGGUGUGAUGCCGUUAGAAUUUGACAAAGAUAGUCUGAGCUUCAGUAUUCGCAAAAAGAAAAGUAAAGAAUCUACUAGUACUGAACCAGCUAGCAAAGAGAAAUAAAAAUAUUACUUUUCAUAGAAUAAA